CUCGUUCUGUGAGCACAGCCUACCUUUCUUCCACUCGUCCACAACGUGUAUCCUGCAAUAUGAGCGCGAGCAAGCCUACCGCAGCGUUUAGCGUCGUCAAAGGAUCGUGAUGCUGCGCCGCAAUCAUGCCUCAAAAACUGCCUUCGAAAAAGGACGCCGCCAGUUGACGUUCAGGCGCCGUGUUCAGGAAGACAUAUAAGCCAACGGCCGCACGCUGGCGUUCAGUUUUCGGUAUCAUGUUUGACAUGGACUUACCGGGUAGCGCAAGAUCGCAUAGAGUUGCUUUCAUUUCUGGCCACAUUGACCUGCCUGAAGGACAAUUUCUAGAGCACUACCAGACAGCACUAGACACUGCCAUCGCCGCACACGAUGAGUUCAUCCUUUCCAAUGCCGGAGGCGCAGACAGCCUGGCAUUACAGUACCUUCUUCAGCACGCCGUAGAGCCUUCCCGGAUCACAAUCUACAUCCAUACCCCGCCCGAGCACCGCCAGAAGAACUCGAACGCGACGAUGCGGGAAGUCAAUGAGCUGCGUACCGGAGACGCUACACUCGAAAAUUAUCGACAGCAAGGUUUGAAUGUGCAGGUAAUCAAUGGAAGGCACACGCAACGAGACGCUGCAAUGACCGCGGCGAGCGACUAUGAUAUCCUCUGGGUUCGCUCGGAUGAAGAGACGAAGCUGUUGUAUGGGCAAAAGUAUCGGCCUGAUCGGAUAAGUGGGACACAAAAGAACAAGAACAGAAGAGAUGAAGUCGCACAGGAACGACAAUGA